AUGAACAAGCGUAUAAUUGGAUACGCAUUAGCCAAAAAUGGGAAUAGCCAGACCUGUAUUGCUAGCUGCGUUGUCAUGGUUCAUGAGAUAUUUUCUACGUCAAGAAUACUUCUGUACAAUUAUCUCGAUGCUUCGAGGAUUUUAAAUCAGAAGACUUUUCGACCCAAGAAAAAUGCUCCAUCAGGAAGUAAGGGAGCACAGCUUCAAAAACAUAUUGAUGCCACCUUAGGUAGUGGAAAUUUAAGAGAAGCAGUCCGAUUGCCACCUGGAGAAGACAUUAAUGAAUGGCUGGCAGUGAAUACGGUUGACUUCUUUAAUCAAGUGAACAUUCUAUAUGGCACUCUUACAGAAUUCUGCACCCCAUCAAGCUGUCCAACAAUGACAGCAGGACCAAAGUACGAGUAUAGGUGGGCUGACGGGGUUACCAUAAAGAAACCCAUUGAAGUAUCAGCUCCUAAAUAUGUAGAGUAUUUGAUGGACUGGAUUGAAUCUCAGCUUGACGAUGAGUCAAUUUUUCCUCAGAAAUUGGGAGCAUCAUUUCCUCCAAAUUUUAGCGACGUUGUUAAGACAAUAUUUAAGCGGUUGUUCCGUGUAUAUGGCCACAUUUAUCACACACAUUUUCAGAAGAUUGUGUCUCUGAAGGAAGAAGCUCACCUCAAUACCUGCUUCAAGCAUUUUGUCCUUUUUACAUGGUCUGAUCAAGAGAAGAGUGGAACGGUGAAAAGGGAAUUCCGCUUGAUUGAUAAAGGGGAGCUUGCACCUCUCCAGGAGCUUGUCGAAUCCAUCUUGCAGUUG